CUAAGCUUACCCUGCAUUGCAUUGCUUCGCGGGCUCAACUAGACUUUCUCUCUCUCUAGAACUAGAACUAAAAACAUAUCUAUUUUUCUCUCUCUAGAAUACCUGCCCACUAAAAUAUAAGAGUCUAAAAAUCCUAGCAACUUAUAUAUUUAUUUCGUGUGUUCUCUGUUAGGCAGCAAGCUAUCCUCUAUCUCUCUAUCAAUGGAUACGAUGACGUUUUCUAAAGAAGCUUGAAGCGGUUUGCCGGCAUCCGGGAUACAACUCAUUUUCACUGCUCUCAUGUAUACGUAGCGUUUAAGCGUUUCUUUUACAAAAUGGGUUGCGUUAUCGGCAAGACCACCACCGCCGGCGACCGUCGGAGCCGUGCUGUUGGAUCUCCUAACCGAGGCCGGAGCUCCGGCGAUACUUCUGCUACCGUUACCGGGGCUGUUAAUGCUGUUACUAGGAAUAAAAAAGAGAGGCAGAAGGCUAGAAACGCCGGUGAUUUUCAUACGGAUGUUUUGACGGCGGAGAGACGGCGACCACGACCGCCGGAACCUGUUCUUGGGUACCAGCAAGGUUGGCCGUCGUGGUUAAUGGCGGUAGCCGGUGACGCCAUCGGUGAUUGGACUCCUCGCCGAGCUAACACUUUCGAGAAGCUUGAUAAAAUUGGCCAAGGUACAUAUAGCAAUGUAUAUAAAGCAAGGGAUCUGAUAACAGGAAAGAUUGUUGCUUUAAAGAAAGUAAGGUUCGAUAAUUUAGAGCCAGAGAGUGUUAAAUUUAUGGCGAGAGAGAUUCUUGUCUUGAGAAGAUUAGAUCAUCCCAAUGUGCUUAAGCUUGAAGGUUUGGUUACUUCAAGAAUGUCUUGCAGUCUUUAUUUGGUGUUUGAGUAUAUGGAUCAUGAUCUCGCUGGACUCGCAGCAUGCCAAGGAGUCAAGUUUAAUGAGGCUCAGAUCAAAUGCUAUGUCAAGCAAUUGCUAGCUGGCCUCGAGCAUUGUCACAAACGAGGUGUCUUGCACCGCGAUAUCAAGGGUUCCAAUCUGCUUAUUGAUAAUGAAGGAGUUCUGAAAAUUGCUGACUUUGGACUGGCAACUUUCUUUGAUCCUGAGAGAAAAGUUCCGAUGACUAGUCGAGUUGUUACCCUCUGGUACCGUCCUCCCGAGCUUCUUCUCGGGGCCACUUAUUACAGUGUUGGUGUUGACCUUUGGAGUGCGGGCUGCAUUUUGGCAGAACUACUUGCUGGGAAGCCAAUAAUGCCAGGACGGACAGAGGUUGAACAACUGCACAAGAUAUUUAAGUUAUGUGGUUCCCCAUCAGAGGAGUACUGGAAGAAAUCAAAACUGCCUAAUGCAACCCUUUUCAAACCUCAGCAGCCGUACAAACGCUGUAUAGCAGAAACCUUCAAAGAUUUUCCACCUGCUUCUCUGCCUUUAGUAGAAACUCUUCUUUCAAUUGAUCCUGAUAAUCGUGGAACUGCCACUACAGCUCUAAAUAGUGAAUUCUUUAAUACUGAACCUCGUGCUUGUGAGCCAUCAAGUUUACCCAAGUAUCCUCCUAGCAAAGAAAUGGAUGUGAAGUUGAGAGAAGAGGAAGCAAGAAGGCAAAAAGGCCUUGGUGGAAAGUCAAAUGCUGUUGAUGGUGCUAGAAGAGUUAAAAUUCGAGAUCGGGUUGGCAGGGCGAUUCCGGUUCCAGAAGCCAAUGCAGAAAUUCCAUCAAACGUAGACAGAUGGAGAGUCAUGACACAAGGAAAUGCCAAGAGCAAGAGUGAGAAAUUUCCACCUCCUCAUCAGGAUGCAGCAGUUGGACAUCCUAUAGAUGCAUCGCAAAAAGGCCCUGUAUCAUUUGGUGCAACUGAUACUUCUUUUAACUCUUCCAUAUUCGAUUCGAAGUCAUCAUCUAUUAAAAGUGCAGAAGCCAUUGGGGGCCCCUCCAGAAGAAGGAAAACUAAUAAAGAAGAUCCCCAAAUGGCUCCAUCUCGAAAAUUUAUCCGCCCAUUUAAUCCGUCAUCAGUAGGACUGUCAUUGGAUCUAUUAUUCAAGGGAAAAUCUGAGGUUUUUGGCAGCCGGAGGUAGAGUACGAAAGUGAGGAGCUACUAGGGGCUUCAAUGCUUUUUGUUUCUUUUUUCUUUUACUUAUUUAAUUAUUGUUCUCAUUUAUUAUACCCAUUAUAUAAAUACUCGGUGUAUAAUCCGCACAAUAGAGGCCCCAGUGUUAGUGUAUACUGCAAGUGUAAUUCCACUUUUCUUGUACA